AUGUCUACCUCCCACAUCGAGACUCCCAUCGGCAGCACCGACGCCUCUGUCGUCAUCGCCGCCCUCCACAACCACGAACUCAUGAUCAAGACCCUCUGCCCCGCACUCGUCAGUUACUCCUUUGAGUCCGGCGAUAAGGACACAUCCGCAACCUACACCGUUACGGACAAGAAGCCCAUUGGCCAGACAACAUACAAGCUCACCCUCACCAACACCCCCGAUGGCGUCGACUCCCUCGUCAACGCAAAGCCUCCCGUUGGUAUCCUGACUAUUGCUGGCAAGUGGCGCGUUGUGGGCGGCAAUUUGACUGAGGAUGUUGUUAUUGAUGGAAACUUUAUGAUGAAGAAGGUUGCUAAGGGCAAUGUUGAGAAGACUCACCCUGAGCAGCACACCAAACUGCUCGAGGCUGCUAAGGCUUAG